UCUGUUAGUGUGUGUAUCUCAGUAGGUGUUCUCAGCAUGGAAACAUCCCUGAACAGAGUCUCCUUCUAAUAAUACCCAUCUGAACUAUAAAGGAUGGCAGUGCAGCAUAGCCUGGACCACUACUACAGACAGACGGAGGGUACACAGGACCUUUCUCCAACCCUGCUGUCAUCUGAGCUCUGGACACCCCAACAGACUCCUCAAAGACUAACAGUGUCACCUGAAAGAUAUUGUGAAUAUCGUUUAUCCACGCCUGUGGUAUUAAGACUUCCAUGGGGCAGAGAAAGAGAAUAUGGAGGAAUCGGAGCUGUUUCCCUCCCUUCUGAUCACCAACCAAAGACCUCUCCUCCACGAGAGGCAAAGGGACACAAGCACUAUGGAUAUGGAGGAGAACCCUGGCCAAGUGGUCUCUCGAUACCGCAGUACUAUGACUCGACAAAGCUGAAGAAAAGCGCAGUUCGUGAAAGUGAUGAUCUGUAUCCAAAGCCUCCUGCUGCUUAUCUCAGUGGGAAACAAAUACAAGCUGAUUUCCCAGCAAACCAUCCAUACCAUUCCCACAUAUCUAAGUUUGAUGUGUUCCCAAGCUUCAGACCAGCAGAUGAACCUGAGCGCUGCACUACUCCACUCCACCCGCAGACACCAGCAUCUGGACACCCUGCAAUCGUUCUAAAGAAAACUAAAGGCAAUCCAUACAGGCAUGAAGUCAUUUCUAUUCCUUCACAGUCACAAAAGGUGGCAUUGACAUGGCCAGGACAGGAAGGCUUCUCUCAUUUACCAAAAUUCCAUAAUGAAAAUAACCAGACCUACUACCCAAGUCCCCCGAAGACUGUGGCCCCUAAUCCACUGUACAAGACAUAUGAAGAAACACCAUCUGAAAGGACAAUCAAUUUACAAAGAAAUGCAAUCAAAGCUCAGUGGUUAACAACAUACAAGCGCAGCUUUACAGAUCACGGUGAAAUGAACCCACUACAACUUGAUGAUUAUUAUGAGAAGGUAAUCGGAAAAAUAACAGGAAAAACAGAUGAAAACACAGAAAUGAAGCCAACAUUCUUAUCGACUGUCCUUCAGGCACGACCAAUCCUGGGACGCAUUUCCCGUUUAAGAGAAGGUCGUCGGACUCUUGAGAAAGCGGAGAACCCUGAAAGUAAAGCAGUAAAAUAUAAACCCAGAUCAAAUGAUGAGAUGAAGACAGCUGCACAUGCAUCUUGUGCCUCUGACACUGCUGGUAACAGUGUGGAUACCUAUCACACAAAUAAGGAGAACACAGAGUACUCAUCCACAACACAGAAACAUAAGAACCCUGAUUUACACAAAAUUACAGACACUGAAAAGACAGAUGCUUUGUACAGAAGGCAGCUUACACCCGUACCAACUCAUUAUGAUUCACAGUAUAAACCAGUCCAGGAAGAGUUACCAGCUGGACAGGAUCCAUAUAUUGUCUUUGAGAGCUCUCAGCUCAGCAAACCAUUCCUAAAAAGGUGUUCCACAAGUCAGGAGGCUUGUUCUAUAAAACCACAAGAUACCUGUAGUGUACCAAGGCACUAUAUUCACCAGAACACAUUAAGAGCACAAAGUGCCAUUCAUAGAUCUGGGAAGACUUUGCCCCAUGCGACUCUACUUGCUCUCCAAGACUCCUACACAAGGUCUGAAGCUCAUAAAACACUCCAGCAGAACUUCCCAGAAAAGACAAAAGAUCUAAGGGAAAAUUGCUAUUCUGGAAGGAAGCACAAGUUUUAUGGGUUCCAUUCCUUUUAUUUCCACAAUUAA